AUGAUUCCAUUUCCAUUGAGAACAUUUGGAUCAUGCGUGGUGAUUCCCUACGGUGUCUUCAACUGGAAUUUGGCUCCAUAUAUUUUACAACCCUCUCAGUGCAUUGGAACAACCACAACCAUUGAAGCCCCUCUCUCCGUCUACCCCUCUGCCCCUCUCUCGGUCUGCCCCUCUCUCGGUCUGCCCCUCUCUCGGUCUGCCCCUCUCCCCGUCCGCCCCUCUCUCGGUCUGCCCCUCUCUCGGUCUGCCCCUCUCUCGGUCUGCCCCUCUCCCCGUCCGCCCCUCUCUCCGUCGCCCCCUCUCCGCCCGCCCCUCUCCCCGUCCGCCCCUCUCCCCGUCCGCCCCUCUCUCCGUCCGCCCCUCUCCCCGUCCGCCCCUCUCCCCAUCCGCCCCCCGUCCGCCCCUCUCUCCGUCCGCCCCUCUCCCCAUCCGCCCCCCGUCCGCCCCUCUCUCCGUCCGCCCCUCUCCCCGUCCGCCCCUCUCUCCGUCCGCCCCUCUCUCCGUCCGCCCCUCUCUCCGUCUACCCCUCUGCCCCUCUCUCCGUCCGCCCCUCUCCCUGUCCGCCCCUCUCCCCGUCCGUCCCCCGUCCGUCCGCCCCCGUCCGCCCCUCUCUCCGUCCGCCCCUCUCCCCGUCCGCCCCUCUCUCUGUCCGCCCCUCUCUCCGUUCGCCCCUCUCUCCGUCUGCCCCUCUCCCCGUCCCCCCCUCUCUCCGUCCGCCAUUCUCUCCGUCCGCCCCUCUCUCCGUCCGCCCCUCUCCGUCCGCCCCUCUCUCCGUACGCCCCUCUCUCCGUCUGCCCCUCUCUCCGUCCGCCCCUCUCCCCGUCCGCUGCUCUCUCCGUCCGCCCCUCUCUCCGUCCCCCCCCUCUCCGUCCGCCCCCUCUCUCCGUCCCCCCCUCUCCGUCCGCCCCUCUCUCCGUCCCCCCCUCUCCGUCCGCCCCUCUCUCCGUCCGCCCCUCUCUCCGUCCGCCCCUCUCUCCGUCCCCCCCUCUCCGUCCGCCCCCUCUCCGUCCGCCCCUCUCUCCGUCCCCCUCUCUCCGUCCCCACCCCCUCUACGUCCGCCCCUCUCUCCGUCCGCCCCUAUCUCCGUCCGCCCCUCUCUCCGUCCCCCCCUCUCCGUCCGCCCCUCUUUCCGUCCGCCCCUCUCUCCGUCCGCCCCUCUCUCCGUCCGCCCCUCUCUCCGUCCGCCCCUCUCUCCGUCCGCCCCUCUCUCCGUCCCCCCCCCUCCGUCCGCCCCUCUCUCCGUCACCCCCUCUCCGUCCGCCCCUCUCUCCGUCACCCCCUCUCCGUCCGCCCUUCUCUCCGUCCGCCCCCUCUCUCCGUCACCCCCUCUCCGUCCGCCCCUCUCUCCGUCACCCCCUCUCCGUCCGCCCCUCUCUCCGUCACCCCCUCUCCGUCCGCCCCUCUCUCCGUCCGCCCCCUCUCUCCGUCCGCCCCUCUCUCCGUCCGCCCCUAUCUCCGUCCCCCCCUCUCCGUCCGCCCCUCUCUCCGUCCCCCCCCCUCCGUCCGCCCCUCUUUCCGUCCGCCCCUCUCUCCGUCCGCCCCUCUCUCCGUCCGCCCUUCUCUCCGUCCUCCCCUCUCUCCGUACGCCCCUCUCUCCGUACGCCCCUCUCUCCGUCCGCCCUUCUCUCCGUCUGCCCCUCUCUCCGUCUGCCCCUCUCUCCGUCCGCCCCUCUCUCCGGCCGCCCCUCUCUCCGUCCCCCCCUCUCCGUCCGCACCUCUCUCCGUCCGCCCCUCUCUCCGUACGCCCUUCUCUCCGUCUGCCCCUCUCUCCGUCUGCCCCUCUCUCCGUCUGGCCCUCUCUCCGUCUGCAGGUCAAGGGCCGUUAUGUGCCUGGUUUAUAUUUGA